AUGGCCUCAGAAGAUGAUGAUCAAUACGUAUGGAGGAUUAAUGGGCAGAAUGGAUCAGGGAUGUUCUCUACCAGUGAGACGUGGAGAGCCCUAUUUCCAUACACAGUGGAGGUGUUCUGGCACGAUGCGGUAUGGUUCUCGGGUAGGAUUCCUAAGCAUGCUUUUCUAUCUUGGGUGGCAGCAAGAGAUAGGAUGGUAACGAGAGACAGACUCCUACGAUGGGGAUUGAUAGUACCACCAUCUUGCGUGCUGUGCGUGGGUCAUAAUGAGUGCAGACAUCAUUUGUUUUUUGACUGCGAGUUCAGUGAGCGAGUGUGGUUGUUUUUCACAACAAGACUCCACCUUAGCUCUCCACAGUUGUUUGAGGAUAGGUUGAGAUGGCUGAAAGCUCCUGCAAGAGGUAGGAAUGUGAAGUUGAUUGCGAGGUUGAUCUAUCAAGCUUGCGUGUAUUUGAUUUGGAAAGAGAGAAACUCUAGAAUACAUACUGAUACUGCGCGGCCUCCUGAAGCCAUCAUUUCAGAGAUAAAGCAAACAAUUCGGUUGAGGUUGGAUCCCUUAGCUCGUGCACAAGUUUUGGGACCAGGAGAGAGUUCAGUUCUUGCGGUUUGGCUCUAA